GUCUUCCCCUCACCCUCCCUGCGAUCGCGAAAGAAAGAAGAGGAAGAGAAGGAACAAGAAGAAAAGAAAAACGCCCUCCUUCGCCUCGCGACUCUCUAAUCCUCUCGAAGUAACAAUAUUUCUCCAUCCACCCCGCGCUCCCGACCCAAUCAACGCCUCUUAUCCCCGCGAUUCGUCCUGAGCUUCCCACCCUAAUGCUCACCACAUCGCCCUCGCUUGACGUUCAUGUUGUGGUAUAGCUGGACCUCCUGUUCUUGUUGGGCACCUGGGCCGAGUAAGAAAGCAUCUGGAAGGGUGUCUGCGCUACGGUGAACAACUGCGACGUUCCUCCCCAUCGACUUACCGACCUACUCACCGAUCUUCCUAUCCAUUCACACACAAUGUCUACAGUAGAGACACAGUUCCCCGGGCGACUCAACAUGGCCGAAGGCGAAGGCGUGGAAAGCGGAUAUUUUAAUCUGCGCAAUCGGUCAGCGCAUUCACCAGGCUCCAUUCGAAGUACAGACUCGAUGUCUCUACAUCUAUCCCCACCACCGUCCGAUACCUUGGCCGCCCUCACAGCUAUGCAGUACUUGCCCGUACCUUUGCUGGUCUUGUCAUCAGAAAAGACUGUCACCAUUGCCAACGAGGCUAUGGGUCGCUUGCUUGGAAUUGAUUUCGAAAGCAUUGCAGAAGACGAAAUGACCAUCUCAGAGUACCUCCAUGGCAAGACCAUGGGCGAGCUGGGUAUCGACGUACUCUCAAACGGCUCGCCUAUUCUGGUCUCCUGGGAGGAAUUCCUCAAUUCCGUACUCGAUGACGCAUCAGUCGAAGUAGAUGUAAAUGAACAGGCAGAGAUUACGCCGACCAUUAGUGGAGGGAGCACACCUACAGCAACGACCGCAAUGGAAACUUGGGACGUUAUCCAGAAACCAGCCCUGCCUCGAUUGAGCAGCACGAACUUGGCGAAAGCCACUGUUCGCGACAUAUCGGUCGAUGUUGUUAUCCCACCCCUCAAUCGUGAUACGCCAGCGAGAGGCCCGAAUGCAUACUUUCAAGACGCUCAAACAGCGAAUAUGAUAAUUUCUAUUUGGAGUAUUGAAGACAUCCAAUACUACACUAUGACCUUCACAAGUGCUUCGGCAGGACAUCGCCCAGCAUCACGGCCCUCUAGUCGAAUCGUGACUAGGCAGAGUACUAGCUUCCACGUGGGCAAGUCUCGCGGAUCGACUUCCAGUUCUUCAUCUGGCCGUAAAUCGGGUACUGGCUCCAAUCCCACUUCAAAAGCCGUGACACCGACAUUGCAACAACCCGAAUUCCCCCCUCGUGGCCCGCCUUCCAAGGCCAAGUUCGACUUGACUGCGUCAGCAUCCAUUUUCCAAAAAGCAACCCAAUUAAAGGAUGCUAUCCUCAACUCAAUCAACAUGCCCGCAUAUGCUAUGUGGAAAGACGAAGGUUUUGGGAUUCCCAACAAGGCUCUGCUACGCCUACUGCCCAAGGACGGCAAGUAUUCGGCAGGCGAUCAGCGUGCGUUCCUCAGGCAGUAUACUUUAUACACAGAAGAUUUCAGUCGUGAGCUAAGCCUAGAUGAAUUCCCCAUCAUCGAACUUUGCCGUACACGAAAGCCAUUUGAGAGCCGGAAGGUAGGCAUGAUCAACCCCAACUCCGGAGCGCAAAUUGUCUAUGAUGUGGUUGGCGAGUUGGUACUUCAGGAAGAGACUGGCGAUUUCUUAGGAGGCAUCGUGGUCUUUAGGGAUGUUACAGAGUAUACCAAGAAGAUCGCUGCCCAGAUCGAGGAGAAUGAGCGACAGUUCGAGUACAUAGCAAACUUCAUGCCGCCAAUGGUGUGGACUACGACCCCGGAUGGCCAGCACGACUGGUUUUCGCAAAGAUGGUACGAUUACACGGGACUCACGCCCAAGGAUUCCUUGGGCGAAGGGUGGCGAUUACCAUUUCAUCCGGACGAUAUGACGAGCACUGCUCACAGAUGGCAACACUCCCUGGACACUGGUGAUGAAUAUACAACUGAGUAUCGAUGCCAACGUCAUGAUGGUGAAUGGAGAUGGAUGCUUGGGCGAGCGGUACCCUUCUACGACGAUGACGGUAACAUCGUGAAAUGGUUUGGUACAUGCACGGAUAUCCACGACCUUGUUCAGGCCCGGCAGGAGGCACGACAGAACAGAGAACGGCUUCUCAAGGUGAUCGAACAUGCGAAAGUAACGCUCUGGGCCGUGGACAAGCAAUGCAACCUCAGCUUUAUGGAAGGAGACAUGGUUUGGAAAGAUGGGGAAUCCAACGAAAAGGCAAUCGGGCAAAACAUUUUCAUAACCAAUCCGGCACUGGAAAGAUGGAGGAGACCGAUAAACCACAUAUUGAAAGGCAACACUCAGGAUGAAAUAAUCGAGCGAUACGUACAAGAGAAUCGAUACUACCGAACCCGCCUUGUACCCAUGUGGAAAUCAUCGCGACAUGGCGACUCGCAAGGAGAAUGUGUCAUCGACGGCGUGAUUGGAGUUUCGAUGGAUGUCACGGAGAUUAUGGAACGAGAAAAUCAACUCAAGGAGCAAGAGAAGGAGAAUUCAAUACUGUUGGCCAAUGCUGCAGCAGCGAAAGAGGCAUCGAGGAUGAAGUCACAGUUCUUGGCCAACAUGUCCCACGAGAUUCGAACCCCUAUUGCUGGAGUGAUUGGUAUGAGCGAGCUCUUGUUGGACAUGAACCUGGAUGAAGAACAGCAGGAUUGUGCCGAGAAUAUCCAACGGUCGGCGAACGGAUUACUCACCGUUAUAAACGACAUUCUUGACUUUUCAAAGGUGGAAUCAGGGAGGUUGGAUGUCGAAGAGGUGCAGUUUAGUCUGUCGGUUGUGCUUCGAGACGUCAACCAGAUGAUGUCUUUCGCGGCGUCGAGAAAGAACAUUGCUUAUGAAAGCUACGUCGAACCUAUAGUCGAACAAGAUCUGAGGGUAAUGGGCGAUCCUGGAAGACUUCGACAGAUUCUCACCAAUGUCUUGACCAAUAGUAUCAAAUUCACAUCAGAAGGCAAGGUCCAGCUUACCGUAUCCAUCACCAACGAAACCGACGACAUAGUCACAAUACGCUUCGUUGUCGAAGAUACUGGUAUUGGAAUCGAAGAGGAAGUCCGCAAGAGACUGUUCCAGCCUUUCAGCCAGGCAGACUCAUCCACGGCCCGCAGGUUUGGUGGCACAGGCUUAGGCUUGACGAUCAGCAAGAAUCUUGUUCAGCUCAUGCGCGGAGACAUCGGUCUCGAAUCGAAGCUUGGACAUGGAACCACUGCAACAUUCUGGAUUCCCUUCAACAAAGCUCCUUACCAGGACGAUGGUUCACCGUUGAUCAACCUAGAUUCCAUCCCGGAUCGCCUGCAGUCUGACAUGUCCGUAUCUUGCGGAAGUUCUGAAGAUCACGGCAUGCCACCAGUUACUCCCAAACUGUAUAAUGGGGUUACUAGGCAAGCACGUUCUCGUCUGGAACCGAAGUCACAAUAUGUGAACCACGCUAUUCCUGACAAUCUGAUGAACCUUUCCGAAGAAGAAAGGAAGAGUAUACACGUUCUGGUCGUUGAAGACAAUCCAAUUAAUCAACAGAUCGCGCUCAAAACCAUCAAGAAACUGCAUUUUUCCGUGAGCGCAGUAUGGAACGGACAAGAGGCCUUGGAUUAUCUAAUGGAGGAGCCGUCUCCCAUGCACCCCCGGCCCCAUAUCAUCUUGAUGGAUGUACAGAUGCCAAUACGAGACGGCUACAGCGCGACCCAUGCCAUCAGGACAGAAGCCCCUUUCUCUACGCUACCCGAAGUCAAGAAUGUUCCCAUCGUUGCGAUGACGGCCUCGGCCAUUCAGGGUGACAAGGAGAAGUGUCAACGGGCUGGUAUGGAUGACUACCUAGCGAAGCCGGUAAAGGGGAAACUGCUCGAGAAGAUGUUGAUAAAGUGGGCGAUCGAGGGCAAACGGAAGAUGGCCAAGUCAGCACCAGCGAAUGAAGAAACAGAGUCACUGUCCAACGCUAGCGAGCCUGCCAAAGCCUCUUCCAGCGAUCGACAGCAGAUCGGCCAGGCUUCGGUCGAGCCUGAAACAACGGCGCAUUCUCCAGCGCUGACGGCUGAGCUUGACCGCCUGCACUUUGAGAGCGAUACCGCCUUGGCCAAAUCCUCCGAGACGAACGGGGACCGUGUCCUGCGGCGAAUCCACGCCGAGGAAAUGGCCUCCAGCCUACGCGAUGACAAACUGCUGGCUUGUAGCGGGGACCCGCAAAUACACCGCCAUAACAGCCAUGCCAGCACUCUCCAAGACGCGGGGACCCAUGCGUUGACCAAGGAGAACAUACAGAGACUCACGCACGAACAAGACUUGGAUCCCACCCUCCCUCGA